AUGGAUCCGUGUCCAUUUGUACGGUUAACUGUAGGGAAUUUGGCGUUGAAGUUUCCGGUGGCGUCGAAGUCGGCGGUGCACCCUUCGUCCUCACCGUGCCUUUGCAAAAUUAAGCUUAAGAGUUUCUCGUUACAAACGGCGGUGGUGCCGUACAUUUCGGAGAACACCCAGUUCCCUGAUGGAAAUCAACAAACACUCGCCGCCAGUUUCCACCUUAACAAGUCUGAUCAUGACCGGCUCACGGGGAAGUCGUCCCUGUUUGCUACCUCCAAGAAGCCUGAACUCAAAAUCUCGAUCUACACCAGCCGAGGGGGCACAACCUGUGGUGUGAACUCUGGUCGACUUCUGGGCAAAAUCUCAUUGCCGUUAGAUCUUACUGAAACGGAGUCUCGGACCGUACUCUUCCACAACGGGUGGAUUAAUGUUGGAAAAAAGAAAAGUUCUUCAAGUGCUCAGUUUCAUUUGAAUGUGAAGUCGGAGCCAGAUCCGAGGUUCGUGUUCCAGUUCGAUAGGGAACCGGAAUGCAGCCCGCAAGUUUUUCAAAUUCAAGGAAGUAUUCGCCAGCCUGUUUUUACCUGCAAAUUCAGUUUUCGUUCCACUGGAGAGCGCAAUCAAAGAUGCAGAUCAUUACCGUCUGAGCAAGGUGGUGCGAGAGGUUGGUUAAGUUCAUUUGGGAGUGAGAGAGAGAGGCCUGGAAAAGAAAGAAAAGGAUGGUCCAUCACAGUCCACGACCUCUCCGGUUCACCAGUUGCAACCGCAUCCAUGGUUACCCCAUUUGUUGCCUCUCCUGGUUCAGACAGAGUGAGCCGGUCUAAUCCUGGUUCGUGGCUCAUUCUUCGUCCAGGCGACGGUACUUGGAAACCAUGGGGCAGGCUGGAAGCUUGGCGUGAACGCGGCUCAACAGAUGGAGUCGGCUAUAGGUUUGAAUUGAUCCCCGACUCUGCCCCAGCCGGUGCUGGGAUUAUCUUGGCAGAGUCCACCCUCAGAUGCAGCAAGGGUGGAAAAUUUGUAAUCGACUUGAAUAACCGUAACAACAGUAAUUUCAAUGGGACUGCUCUGUCAAAUGGGAGGUCGACACCAAGCAGCGCAACAUAUCCGGUAUGCAGUCCUCAGGGCAGUGGAGAUUAUGGGUACGGACUCUGGCCCUACUGUAUGUACAGAGGAUUCGUGAUGUCUGCAAGUGUCGAAGGCGAAGGAGCCACUGGAAAAUGCAGUAGUAAACCCACGGUGGAGAUAAGCGUGCAGCAUGUAAACUGCACGGAGGAUGCAGCUGCUUUCGUGGCGUUGUCGGCUGCCAUUGAUCUCAGCAUGGAUGCUUGCAGGCUUUUCUCCCACAAGCUCCGGAAAGAAUUAUGCCCUCCUCAGGAUUUACUCACCUAA